UUCCGGUGACGUCAUGAGACUUGUUCCCAGGUCAAUAUCCAUUUUGAAAAUUAGAAAACCGGCUACGCGGCACUGAUUUGCAUAAUUUCAAAACUUCCCUUUACUAUCUACUAGUCUCUGGAGAUGGCUAAUGUUAGUGACAUGGAGAGAGUUUCACUGUUUGACAGAAAAAUUUUAGACGAUGUAGAUUUGAGUAAAGGAAAAUGUAAUCUGCUGGAUUUUGGGAUCUCACCAUCAAAUCCUGGAGAAAACUUAUGUAUGAGACCCCUUUGUAGUGAUGAUCAUGAAAAAGAUUUCAUUCAGCUAUUGUCACAGUUGACAAAAAUGGGAGAUAUAACAGAAGAAAAAUUCCUUAGGCGUUUUAAUGCCAUGAAGGCACACACAGGAACAUACUACAUCAUAGUCAUUGAAAAUAUCAAACUGGGGAAAAUUGUGGCUUGUGGUUCUCUUAUCGUUGAGCAAAAGUUUAUUCAUGAAACAGCAUUGAGGGGCCGCAUUGAAGAUAUUGUGGUUGAUGAUAGUUGCCGAGGACAAAAGAUUGGAAAAUUAAUUGUAGAAACUUUACUGCUUCUCAGUGAAAAAUUGGGUUGCUACAAGACAAGCCUUGAGUGUAAAGAUCCCUUGCUUCCCUUCUACACCCAGUUUGGUUUUGUUGCUGAACCAGAUCAGAAUCAUCUCAUUAAACGAUUUUUUCAUUAAUACCAAUAAUACAAUUAAUAGUAACAAGUCUUCAUAAUUCCCAUUGGUACAUAACCAUGCCUACACACCAAUUCCUAUUUAAUGGUGAUAAUGAUAAUUAUUGAUAUACAUCUGAGGUAUUUAUAGUAGAAUAUUUUUUAUGCAAGGUUAAAUUGCUAUUCAACUCAAGUAAGUAGCUAACAUUUUGAGAAGUUAAAUAUUCUUUUUUUAUGGCACUAUUGUAAGGCUGAUAUUUAUAACCACCUAACACAAGGUGAUUUCCAGGAUGCAAUUCACUGCUUAGCAGGGUAUCUGUAGUUUUCAUGUACUAUAAAUCAAAAUAGAUUUGUCUCAUGAUCUGAAGUCUGAGUCAAAUUUAAUAUGUGCAGUACACUCAUUUUACAUGAGAAGAUACACUUGGCAGCAUUCUUGAAAAUCUUUGGAGUUACUAGCUUGUUAGUCCUGUUAUAGACAACUACAAUGCUAUAAAUAGACAAGAGCACUCACUUUAAAGUUAUGUAAGGACAUUUUAAAUAUUUAUUAUUAUAAUCUACUUGCUUCAAUGUCAAAUUAAUUUUACAUUUGAACAUGCUGUGCAUAUUUUGUACAAUAAAAGAAAAGUGAUGGGAUACUGUUUUUUUUUUUUUUUUUACUUUGUACUGUUUU